CUUAAAGGCCGACUCUGAGUAAUUGGCCUGUGAGAUUUGAGCUUCUCUGAUGCGGCGUUCCCGAUAACAUAAUCCUCUCGAAAGUCUCAAAUGAUCUUCAAAAGCAGUCGGCCGUCCGUGCCUUCGAGGCGCUGCCUUCCUUACAGGCUCCCUGGCUGUUCCUAUUCCAGACCAUGGCAUCUUCAGAAAUUCCAGAACAAACGGCAGGUCAAGUCUGCUCCAGAUUGCAGCAGUACACAACGAAGACUUUUAUGGGGUAACAGUGAGCCGCCACAACACUUCGGACCAAAAUCCCGGAUACCGGAUCUCUUCGAGAGAAAAGAUGAAAUGCAUUUGAAACUUGCAACUCAGCAAUUAGAAUGGCACGAACUCCCACCACCACAUCACCAUGAUAUGUUAGAGGCAGCGGCAAGGGUCGGACGCAUUGAAGAGCGCAUUCAGUACACCUUCAGAAACAAAAUAUUAUGCGUAGAAGCAUUGAAGGUCACGACAUCGAACUCCCCUCUAUUUUUCAAAGGUAUAAUUCAUAAAGUUAAACAGAACAAUCGCCUGGCAUUGCUAGGCGAUCGAGUACUCAGCAUGGUUUUGUGUGGUAUAUGGUACAGUACAGGAUACUCACCAGCUCAUUACACGAGGAUCCAUGACGCGACAGCAACACAAUCCGGGCUGUACUCAAAGGCCCGUAAGCUUGGUAUAGACAGAGAAGUCCUAAUUGGCGAAGGGAUGUAUACUCCAUCAGUGAGGCAAAUCGCUGAGAGCUUUGAAGCUAUACUCGGGGCUGUCUACGUGGAUUCUGAUCACAGCCUCGAAACGGUAAAGCAGGUUAUCAAAAGUAUUGACCUCGAUAAACACGAAUUCUUGAAGGCACCGCCCGAAGCACAUCUUGACCUACAGGACUUUAAAAAGAAAUACAUCGUGUAUCAGGAGGAAGAGCUACUGUUCGAGGAAAGGAUUAGAUCUCUGGAGCACGAGGCAGAAGAAAUUCAGAAGUAUUUGAGAGAUGCUGAACCCUCCAUCACAGGUGUGCCAGGGGCGAAGCCCACCAUCAGCCCCGAAGCGCAGUUUGCUAUCCGCAGAGAGGCUGCGAAGCUGGAAAUCAAUGCAAGGCAGUUAUGGAAAGAAGUCAGUCAAGCUGCUACUUCUUCUGUCGGCAGUCUUGUCAAAGGAGACGUGAGGAGAAGGACAAAAAUUAUGAUCAAUACGGCAUCAGCGUUGCAAAGUGAGAUGAAUCACUCUGAUGGAAUCGUUGAAGAGCAGUCAACUGAGGAACCUGCUAUUGACACUACGACCACUGAUGAUUUGGAUCCAAUCGUCCUUUUAAAGAACGAGAACCCGCCACUCGACGAGUCUGCACAAGGUGGCACUCCAGAAACAACGGAAAAGCAGCCAAAUUCACCAACCUGCCUCUUCCCGAGUGAAAACAGCACAGAUGAUACACCAAAGUUGGCCAUUUCAGCUUCACAAAAACCGUCGGCAAUACCAGCUGAUUCCCUACUGCCGAAGGAUAGCAAUGCUACUAUCAUAACUCUCAUAGCCGAGUUCGACGAAGUUAUCAAGCAACAUAACACAUUAAAAAAGAGAAAAAUAGGAAAGCCGUCCAACAGGGUAUUGGGUAUCAAGAUUGUCGCAUGGAAGAAUGCAUUGCACAAAACAAGCGUUCUCAAGCACCGAGGCGAAUCAGCUGAUACACUGGCCAUAUACGAAGACAUGUUGCAAAAAUCUCUGGAAAACAGUUUACUUUCCAAACGGAAAGAUUUGGCUGUUCGACAGAAAAAGACUCUAUCACAAAAAGUCAAGCCAGCAGUAUCUCUGGAGGUUGAAAAACCUACGACCUCAACACCUGUAAUAGAAGAAACCAAUCUUGCAAAAGAGCAAGACCAAAAUCAAGACCAAGGCCAAAAACAAGAAAAGAAAAGAUUGACACCUGCUCAUAAUGGACAUGAGAAGGAAAGCAGAGAAUUUGUGGAGAGCGUUGAGGAUCUAGAGCGAACCAUCAGCGAAUUCCACACUGCCACAUGGGAAAGCACCAACAAAACUGCAGAACGGGUUCCACAGCAUGUGUUAUGGAGGCCCUUCCAUAGCCGUCAAACGGGUACUAAAGUCCGUGACCGAGUUCGGAAGACUACGUCCCCACGCCAAGGCAAGACAACAUCAGAAGCCCCUCCUCGGACUUGGAGCAUUCGGAAACCAAGAAAAAUUCUGAUUCGGUCUCAGACCUCUCCCAAAAACUUUAGACCAUCAAAUUUUCCGUCUCGCCCGACGUCUAGAGAUCGUGCGGAUCCGUGA